AUGGCAGGUCCUUUCCGCUUGACAUCAAGACGAUUACGCCUGUCUUUCGCAAGAAACAUCGCUCGUCUGAAUCCUCUUCGGUCUUCAUCCCGCGCUCUUACAUCUUUGCUUCUAUCCCAUCCAUCCCCACUAACCCCCACCAAAGCAUCCUUCCUUGCUUCUACACGUUCCAACUUUCAUAGCACUAAUACUUCCACUACUACUACAACUACCAUCAAGAUCGCGUUCUCCCUCUCUCUUUCUUUUAACUAUACCUGUUUAUCACUCUCCACCUCUCUCUUUGUUGAUUACGAUGCACUCUUAACACAAUCAUUUUUCUUUCUUUUACCUCUCCUUCUUUCUUUCUCUUUCUAUCUCUCGUCAGUACACGAACUAUUUACUGGAUAUAAAUCCUCAUUCAUUUACUUCUUUACAAUCUUUUACUCUACUUUUCCUUCUUUCGUUCUUUCAUUUUCUCUCCCUCUCUGUCUUUUUCUUUCUUUCUUGAUAUACGUGCGCCAUCUCCAUGUACAUGCGCCAUCACCACAACCUCUGAUCAUUCAUUCUCUUAAACUUUUUUCCAGUUCUUUCUUUCUUUCUUUCUUUCUUUCUUUCUUUUUCUUUCUUUCUUUCUUUCUUUCUUUCUCCCAAUAUUUGUCCCCUCAUCUCGCAAAGUCUCUUAUCUCUUCACUGUCUUUAUAUUUCAGCUUUUCUCUCUUGAUUUCCACUUCAUGUGAAUCCUUCGUAAAUCCACUUGUCGAUUUAUUUGUUGUUUUUUUUUUAUUUUACUAUCUCUCAACACACCGAAAUACCAUCUAUCUAUCUAUCUAUCUAUCUAUCUAUCUAUCUAUCUAUCUUUUUCUCUCAUUGUAUUCUUCUUUUGUGACAUUUUUCUUUCAUUUAUUUCUUUCAUGUGACUAUUUCUUCGUGUUCACGUUUUCGUAUUUUUUAUUCUUUAUUUUCUUACCUACUUAUUUUGCUGACUUUCUUCUUCUUCUUUUUCUUCUUCUUCUUCUUCUUCUUCUUCUUCUUCUUCUUCUUCUUCUUCUUCUUUCACCUGCUUCCUAUCUAACGACCACUUUCUCCUACUAUGCCUUUCUACCGACCACUUUCUCGUACUACUCAUUUCUAGAGACCCAUUUCUCCUACUACACCUUUCUACCGACCCCUUUCCCCCAUUACUCCGUUGUACAGAUCACUUUCUCCUACUACUACUCCCUACUGACCACUUUCUCUUACUACUCCUCUCUACCGGCCCAUUUUUUCUACUACUCAUUUCUACUGACUCUUUCUCUAUUACUCCAUUCUACCGACCAUCUUCGCCUACUACUCCUUUCUACCGAACACUGUCUCCUACGAUGCAUUUCCACAGGCCACUUACUCGUACUACUCAUUUCUAUAGACGCAUUUCUCCUAUUACGUCUUUCUACCGACCACUUUCCCCUAUUACUCCUUUGUACUGACCACUUUCUACUACUACUCCUCUCUACUGACCCCUUUCUCCUAUUACUCCUUUCUACCGACCCCUUUCUCCUUUUAUUCUUUUCUACUGACCCCCUCAUUUGUUACUCCUUUAUACUGAUCACUUUCUUCUACUACUCCUUUCUACCGCCCCCUUUCUUAUUACUCCUUACUAUCGACCCCUUUAUCCUACUACUCCUUUCUAUCGAACCCUUUUUACUUUCUACCGACCCCUUUCUCCUACAACGCCUUUCUACCGACGACCUUCUCCUACUACACCAUUCUAGAGACCCAUUUCUCCUACUACGCCCUUUUACCGACACCUUUGUCCUACUACUCCUUUCUACCUACCACUUUCUCCAACUACACAUUUCUACCGACCCUUUUCUCCUAUUACUUCUUUCUACCAUCCGCUUCUCCUACUACUAUUUUCUACUCACCGCUUUCUCCUACUAUGCUUUUCUACCGACCACUUUCUCGGAUCCAUUUCUCCUACUACGCCUUUCUACCGACCCCUUUCUCCUAUUACUCCUUUCUACAGACCCCUUUCUCUAUUGCUCCUUAGCGUCUGAUUUCUUCCACUUUCUGCUACUAGUCCUAUCUACCGACCACUUUCUCCUACUAGUCCUAUCUACCGAUCAUCUAACUCUUCUCCAGGCAUAUUCCAUUUCCAUUUAUAUUUCAGAAAAUACUUCCAAAUUUCAUGACUUAUCUCUUCCUUCUCAGACACUCUCUAUAUCUUCUAUUGUUUAUUCACUUUCUCUUCACACGUGCUUUUGUUCCUAUUCACUCCUCUCCCUACUCCUAAGUAUCAUUUUCUUCGUAUCUUUUCUUCAAGUACCCCUGUCUCUCUCUCUCUGUCUCUCUCUCUCUCUCUAUUUUCGAUGCUUCUUUCUCUAUCUUUUAUUAUUUAGACAUCUUUACCAUCGAAUUUUUCUUGACAUUUUCCUAUCUAUCUAUCUAUCUAUCUAUCUAUCUAUCUAUCUAUCUAUCUAUCUAUCUAUCUAUCUAUGUGCCCAGGAACAUCACCUAGAAUACGCUGACUGCCACGCCUUUAGAAGCAUAAUAUCUCUGGAUUUUCUAAUUUUCUUUCAUAAAUCCUUUUUCAUCACUUUCUUUCUUAUUUUCUUCCUUCCUUUCUUUCUUUCUUUCUUUCUUUCUUUCUUUCUUUCCCUCUGUUUCUUUUACUCUCAUCAUCUCUUUCUUUCUUUCUUUCUUUCUUUCUUUCUUUCUUUCUUUCUGUCUUUCCCUCUGUUUCUUUUGCUCUCACCAUCUCUUUCUUUCUUUCUUUCUUUCUUUCUUUCUUUCUUUCUCGAUGUACCUGCGCCAUCACCAAAAUCACAGAUCAUUCACUCUCUUAUUUUGCCGCUCAAAACAUCUGGAGGCCACCCGCUACAACACCAGCCCCGACAUCGACAACAACCGGCCGCACCCCUAGCUUUUACUCCCUUUUAUUCCUACUUAGUUUUCUCGAUUCUAUCCGAAAAGAAUGUUCCACUAGACUCUCUCUCACUUUUACCCACCCUUUCUCUUUGUGAUAUUUCUUCCUUUUUCAUUCCUUUUUAUCAUUUCAAUUUACAUGGCAUUUCACCUCGUCGUUUUUCCUCAACACUUUUCCCCUAUAUUUGUUUAGUUAUAUCUUUUGCUUUUCUAUCUUACGUUUUUGUUUUUUCUUCAUCUCUACUGUCAACCUAA